GGUGGGGACGACGACGGCGCUUCCGGUGACGUCACCAGCACGUGGAUCUUCCUCCGUCUGCGCUCGUCGCGUCGAAGGCGCGAUCCGCCGCGCACAUCAACAGCAAAGAUAUCAGAGAUAUAUCUCCGGGAUUAACAAUCUUCACUGCUCCUUGCACGCCCGCACACCAUGGCCAAGAGCAUCCGCAGCAAGUGGAGGCGCAAGAUGCGUGCCGAAAAACGCAAGAAGAACGCGCCCAAGGAGAUGGCGCGGCUCAAGGCGAUCCUGGGCACGGACGCUAGUGGCGACACUCGCAUGGAUGAGGUGAAGGACGUGGUGACGAUGGUGCCCAUGCAGAAGCUCAAGAGGGCGGCCACGACCACCACAUCGACGACGACGUCGACCACAAAGGCAGACGUGGAGAUGAAGGGGGACAAUGCUGAAGAGAACGAAAGUAUGGAUUUGGACGACAAGAAGAACAAGUCCUACCUAAACGAGCAUGGACAAUACCCCAAGUGGAUGAACCCACGCCAGUGUAAGCGCAUCAGGGAAAAGAGGCUUCGCAAAAAGGGCAAGUGUAAAGGCAUUGCCAGCAAGCACUCCAAGGGUCUGGAGUGGUGAUGCAGAAGGCCUCUUCUUCCCACCUGUUUGUCCCAGAUGCCAUAGGCAGUGUAAAGAUAAUUCCACCCCCCCCCCUCAUUUCAUCACAGGUUAAACAUUUGUGAAAUUAUCAGCUGUACAGGCCCUUGUACACCUAAUUCAUUUCCACAAUUGCUGAAAAGAUGUGAUGUGUGUGGGUUUUUGUUCAAUAUAUUGUGAAAAAGUUUAAUAAAAAAUGUAUUGCACAACGUUCA